ACUGGAACACCGCUACACACACACAUACGGGCGCGAGGCGAAAGUCCGGAUGGAGGGAGUGAGCGCACCUGAGCUGCUCUUCUCCCCUGCCGACUUCAUCUCUCUACGCUGUGGUCGCUGGGAGACGGUGGCGGUUCCGAUAUUCACAUAUUUUCUCUGCUGUUUCGCUCAUUUUAAACGACGCCGGCGAGAAACGACGCGGUUUGCGGAGCGAGUGACCGGAGCGUGUCUGCUCAGCACAGUGAGAAGUUAACCUCAUCCUGGCCUAGAGAAGGAAACAGAGACUUACUUCAUUGUCACUGUCCAGCAACCAGGCGGGGAAGAAACAAGGCAGCGGCUGUUGCAUGGUGACCAAAGACAAGAGCGUGCUUUGUGAAUGCUUCCUAUUCAGAUACAUGUCCUGCCGCCCUACAGACCCUGACACCAAAGCGUAAUGCUUCAAUACGGGCCUGACUCUAAACAUAGACUGCCUUAAUGCUUGGCACAUCACUGCCAGGAAGGGUGGAGCAUUGUUUGAUUUUUUGAACAGCCCAGGACACCAAGAGGAUAUUUACACAAAGUGCUACUUGCAGGUGCUGUUCUUCAUCAGCUCCCUGACGUCUGCAGCACUCCCCCAGCCUCAGCAGUGGCCCGGCAGCGGGCAGCGGCAUGCCGGAGCUGGAGGACUUUCCCCCCUCCGCGGGGCCACCAGCACCAUGCGACCCGGCCCGCAUCCAGCAGAACCUCCUGGAGGAGCAGGUGGAGCUGUGGUGGUUCAAUGAGCCUAGGAAAUCUCUGCUAUGCUACUGUGCCUCGGUGGCCCUGAUCCUGGGCUGCGGCCUGGGUGGAGUGGGCCUUCUGUCCACCACCACCAGCCUGUCCAGCGAGUGGCGUCUGGGUGCAGGGACAGCACUGUGCUUACUGGCCUUGGCUGUUCUCCUAAAGCAGCUGCUGAGCUCCGCUGUGCAGGACAUGAACUGCGUGAGGAGCCGGCGGCGCAUUAAUGUGCUGAAAAGUGGCGGCUUAUCAGACGUCCUGGUCGUUCUCAUUACAGGACUGUCCUUGCUCAUUUGUGGAGCUGUGCUGCUGGACAUUGCCCUGGCUUACCACAUGCCCAAACCUGGCCAGGCUUUGAAUGACAUGUUUAUAUCAGGAGUGGUGCUGCUAGCGGGCGGAGGGUUUACAGUGUUAGCUGUUGGCCUUUACUCAGCUGUGGUUUUUCUCUUAGAGAGGACGAGGCCGGAGCAGAGCCUGCGGGACAGGAUGGUGAGCAUCUUCACCGUUUCGGGACAGAUGCGUGCCAGGAGGGAAACUGCAUCAAGCCUGGCUCAGCUCAUAUGACUGUGUGACUGCAUAUUACUGCCUUUAUAGGAUCCUCAUAUGAACGCAGCUUGAACAAAAAUACAGAUGCGAGAGAAAUGUGUAAACGGAUCUAUAAGAUAAUUUUUCCAUUUCAUUUGAGACUGUAUUCCAGCAAGAACGGAUCAAUAAAGAAACAUAGCCACUAAUGAACCUUUUGCACAAUGGACACAUAUUGAUUGAAGAAUGUAUGAAGCUACAACCAUCAGUACAAAUCGCACUUGACACGUUAUAUGUAUCUACAUCUCGUUGUCAGUUAAGAUGUAGGCCUAUAGUGGUCUUGCUCUUGUCUUGAAACGUAGCCAGGACAAUAUUGAGGAGCUUUAAGCAUAAACCUUAAGCCUUUACAGUGAUACACUGUCAGUUUUCACCCAAAUAACAGACCAAUGAAAGGGCAAAUAAUGGAGUUUAAAUCAUUCAUUACUUUUGGUAAAAUAUGCUGCUGUCUCACACCACAACCAUUGCCUUUCUCCAAUAUCAUUGGGCUUCACCAAACAUCAAUCCUCCAACGUCAGUGGACUGCGUAUGUCCUUCACACUCUUAUUUAUGUGGGCAAAGGGGAGUGUGCCAAGUGGGGGUCCAUCUGGACCUUGCUUGUCAGAGCUGUUUAGCGUGUGUGACAGAACGUAUCAGCCGUGUCAGUUUGCAUGUCUGUGAUUUUAUACUGCGACCUCUCUCUGCCUCGGUGCGGUGAACACUCUUGAUCAAAUAAAAGCGAUUCUCUAUCAGUCAGUGUGAUAGUGAAGCA